GUCUUCACGGGGCCGAGGGGGAGUGAAGCGGUGGCGGAGUUUGAGGGGAAGAUGUCGGGGUGCGAGGCCCGCGAUGCCAAGAAGCUGGUGCGGUCGCCCAGCGGACUGCGCAUGGUGCCCGAGCACCGCUCUGCCCGCAGCCCGUUCGGCCUGGACGAGCCUCCUUGGGUGCCUGACAAGGAGUGCCCAAGAUGUAUGCAGUGUGAUACAAAAUUUGACUUCAUAACUAGAAAGCACCACUGUCGAAGAUGUGGGAAGUGUUUCUGUGACAAGUGCUGCAGUAAAAAAGUGCCUCUGCCUCGCAUGUGCUUUGUGGACCCUGUGCGCCAGUGUGCUGAAUGUGCCCUCAUCUCUCAGAAAGAAUCAGAGUUUUAUGACAAGCAGCUUAAAGUACUUAUGAAUGGUGCUACGUUCUUUGUAACUCUGGGGACAUCUGAAAAAUCUGAGCUCAUGGUUUGUCGACUUUCCAACAAUCAGAGGUAUCUGGUUUUGGAUGGAGACAGCCAUUAUGAAAUUGAAAUUAUACAGAUUUCAACUGUUCAGAUACUUACAGAGGGAUUUACUCCUGGGGGAGGCAAUAGUCGUGCCAUAGGUAUGAUUCUGCAGUAUAAGGUACCAGGAUCAGAGGAGCUAACGCAGAUGAAGUUUACAGCUAGUGAAGACUUCAGCUGUAAUAAGAAGCUGUCAGCAAGCUGGCUGGCAGCUAUGCACAAGGCAACAAAACUUCUUUACGAGUCCCGGGACCAGUAAGGACAGCAAACGGCUGGCACCUGAGGGCAGAGCCCAGCCUCCAUGGACUUGCCUCUUGCUCUCUGGUAGUUAAUGGCUGGUAACACUCAUGGUUCUUGACCCUUUAUGAUUCCAGCACAGUUCAGGAUGCAGGAACUGGCAGCAUCAGGGGAAGCAUUUUUUUUGACCCAUGAGUAUUUACAAUAGUGUGCAAUAUGUAUACAGUUACUGCUUUAAACAGCCUCACCUGUUAAGACUUUGUAUAUUUUGUUAAGCCUUUAGUGGCACUUAAUAUAAAAGUGACCUGCACAACAGUCCCUGUACAGCACAACUUUUAUAGUAACAGUUAUGUAUACUGUUUGCUACAGAAAGCAAACAAAUGUGUAUGUCUCUUCUGCAGAGAAUAGCUUUUGGGUAUAGAUCUCAGGUUUUUCCCUCUAUCCAAAUGGUUAAAAGUCAAUGUUCAAUAAUAAAAUCUGCCUUAGCUAUGAUUUUAUAGAAAUCACUUGGGGUUUUUUUAACACUUCAUGUUAAACAUCUAAAUAUUUCAGCAAACACCACAAACUGGACUUACAUGAACGUGACCUUGAAACUUCACUUCUGUGAUAUAAAUAAGCUUCCAGAAUAAUGUUUAGUUUUGUAUUUUCUUUUUGGUAACUAGCUUUUGUUAAUCUAACUGUAAUACUCUGAAAUUGUAUACAGUCUAAUGUACAAAUAUGAAUAAAUUAAUUCACUUAUU